UUACGAAAAGGAAAUUUUUUUGACAAGACGAACCUAGUAAUUACUAAAAAUUUCAGUUAGUUAACCGGCUGCAUGGGAGCUGCUGUAUUCAUUUGCUGUUAAUCGGUUGGCAGGGGAGCAUUCUCAUGUCCAUUCCCAGUUUCGUCCACUGAAAAUAUGGCUACUCGGGUAAAAGUUGGGGCAUUAGUACCACUGAAGGGGAAUGAUGAAGAGGAUUCUUCAAGCCCAACAUUACCAGUUUUCCAAGGCUCAAAUAUGGUUGGACGGAGCAACUUAUCAAUCCCUGAUAAGCAAGUGAGCCGCAAACAUAUCAUUUUGAAUGGUUUUUCAGAUGGGUCUGCUGAAAUCACUCUGGAAGGACAGAAUCCUAUCAGUCUUAGGUCAGGAACCUCAAGGAAAAGGCUUUCUCCACACAAAUGUGCUGUCCUUAAAGAUGGUGAUAUCAUAGAAUUGAUUCCAGGGAAAUACCCUUUCAAGUAUAAGAAAACAUCAGAAGCUACACUAGAAGAGCCUGCAUCAAUAAGUCCUCGAGGAGCUAACGAGUUUUCAAAUCCUUCACUUGAUGGCAUGGAAUCAACUGAAGUUGAAAAGUUCUUUCUCAAAGGAAAGAGGCAAGUGCUCAAUGAUGAAGUCUUUCCCAAAAGGAGAAGACAACUGCUAGAAGAUGAAGAAUUUGCAAGAACUUUGCAGGCUAUUGAGUAUGAACAAGCGUGUGCUGUUUCAAGAGACAAUUAUUCAUCUAUGAAUACAACCAAUUCUGGCCAUCACCAAGGUCUUAGAGAUAUGGAUGACUUGAUGAAGAAUGAUCAAUCUGAGCCAAUUCGACAAUUUAAUGUACCUCAACAAUUUCUGUCUUCAACAUUUCGACUAAUGCAUGUUCAAGGUUUGCCCACAUGGGCAAAUACAGGAUCGGUUACCAUUGGUGAUGUGAUAAAGGGUGAUGUGCUUGUGGCUAUUCUGUCAAACUACAUGGUGGACAUGGAUUGGCUUCUCUCUGUUUGUCCAAUUCUAAGGACGAUUCCUCAUGUGUUGCUUAUACAUGGAGAAAGUGGUGGUACGUUGGAAUAUUUGAAGAAGAAAAAGCCUUCAAAUUGGUUACUAUACAAGCCACCUUUGCGCCUUUCUUAUGGGACACAUCAUUCGAAAGCUAUGCUUCUAGUGUACAGCACAGGGGUUCGAGUGGUUGUCCACACUGCAAAUUUAAUAUAUGUUGACUGGAACAACAAGACUCAAGGUUUGUGGAUGCAAGACUUCCCUUUGAAAGAGAAAAAGGAUCUGAGGACAACAUCACCUUUUGAAAAUGACCUUGUUGAAUAUCUUGAAGCUCUAGAGUGGGCUGGAUUCAGUGCCCAGUUACCACAAACUGGUGAUGUAAUGAUCAAUGCUGCAUACUUUAGGAGGUUUGACUACAGUGCUGCAGCGGUCCGUUUGGUAGCAUCUGUUCCAGGGUAUCAUCAAGGUCCUAAGAUGAAAAAGUGGGGGCAUAUGAAGAUACGAACAAUCCUGCAAGAGCAAUUUUUUGAAAAAGAAUUCCAGGGUUCCCCUCUUGUCUAUCAGUUUUCUUCUCUUGGAUCAUUGGAUGAGAAAUGGAUGGCAGAGUUCAAUUCAUCAAUGUUCUCAGGAUACACUUUUGAUAAGCAACCUUUAGGUUCUGGAAGCAUCCAAAUAAUCUGGCCAUCUGUUGAAGAUGUUUGCUGUUCCCUUGAGGGUUAUGCUGCUGGUAAUGCGAUUCCUAGUCCCCACAAAAAUGUGGAGAAAGAAUUCUUGAAGAGAUAUUGGGCUCGAUGGCAAGCAAAUCACAUAGGCCGAUGCCGUGCUAUGCCUCAUAUAAAAACAUAUUCACGCUACAAUGGACAAAGCCUUGCCUGGUUUCUUCUGACUUCUUCAAAUUUAAGUAAAGCUGCAUGGGGCGUACUACAGAAAAAUAGUUCUCAACUCAUGAUACGUUCUUAUGAGCUAGGUGUUAUCUUCUUGCCAUCGCUUGUUCUAAACUCAGCUGUAAAAUUUUCAUGUACAGAUGAUUAUGGUCAUCAACAGGUGAAAUGCAGUCUUUCUGCCAAUCAAGAUGUUAAUGCAAGCUAUCCUGCAAAGUUAGUUACUUUGUGUUGGCAAGGGAGGAAAAGUGAACUAUCACCAUUGCAUAUUGUCACCCUGCCUGUACCCUAUAAAUUACCAGCAAAACCAUACACAUCUGAAGAUGUACCAUGGUCAUGGGAUAGGGAAUAUGGCAAACCUGAUGUAUAUGGAGAAGUUUGGCCACGGUCAGUAAAAUUGUACACUAAUCAAUAGUCUAGAGAAAUCACAAAAAAAUUACAUCUUUAUCAAUUUGGGAAGAUAAAUAUGAUAUUCUAAUUGUAUGGAAUCAGUAGAUGAGUAAUGUUCAGGAAAACAAACGGAAUUGUUUGUAUAUAUUCGUUGCUAAUUAAUGUAUCUGUUUCCUACUUUCACAUUUUACUUUGUUGGGUGGUAUGUUGUCAACCAAUAUAAUUUUCAUGGCCAAUUCCUAGAUGCUUUCUUUUGACAGCCA